AAAGCAUCGCGUUUUUUGAAGCAACUUACGCUUAGGAAAUCUAUCGUUCGGUUGCCCGUUGCUCAAUUGAAUAGACUAUGGUACAGAAAAGUGAAUGGGAUAAAUCAUUAAAAGAAAACGCGGUAUCGUAAGUGCGGGCAAAGAACGAGAUGGAGAUGACGGAACUUGAGGAACGUAUGAACCAUUAUUACUGUUAUUUCUACCAUCGCAUUACAACGCUGCUACCACUAGUGAAAAUGGUAGAAGAAAUUCAGAAGAAACUUCAAACUGAAAUAGAUAAAUUUAAUCAAGUUCAAAAAGAUUAUAACAAAGCACUUCGUACAAGACAAAUACUAGAUGGGCAGUUGAAUGAAAACAUUGCCGUUAAAAAGGAAUUAGAUCUUUUGAAGUCUGAAGAUGAAGUUUUCAAAUUAAUCGGACCAUGUCUUAUAAAACAACAUUUAGAGGAAGCUAAACAAAAUGUUGCUAAACGUAUGGACUACAUAUCAUCUGAAUUGAAGCGUACAGAAGAAUUAAUAACUACUUUGGAUAAAAAGCAGGAUGUUCACAGAGAAACUCUUGAAAAAUUGCAGCAAAUGUUCCAGCAAGCUCAAGUUAAAGCAUCGCUUGCUGGAACAAAAACAUAAUAUAAUAUUUGCUUUUAGCUUGACAAUACAAUGAUUGGUUUAUAAAAUAUUAAGAUUAAAAACCAUUUACUUAUGUAUGAUUAAGCAGAUUGUUAUUUAAAUCUCAAAAUUAAUAAUAAAUGUUUUUAAAAUAA